AUGACGCCACUAGAUGUUGCCAAAUCUAAAAAUCAGGUAAAGUGUCCAACAUCAUACAGGGUUGCAAGGGACAGACUUGAAAUGUUAUCCGAGGCACAAGAUAGAUUGCAAGGCACAGUGGCGCAUGAUGAAAUUGUAAGUAAGACCAGACAUCGGGGAUUGAUUCCUAAGUAUGAUGGUCCAUUUGAAGUGGUGAAACGAGUGGGCGAAAUUUCUUAUAAGUUGAAGCUGCCAAAAAGGUUGAAAAUCCAUACAACUUUCCAUGUGAGAUUCUUGAAACCUUACUUCGCAGAUGCAGAUGAUCCGGAUAGAAACACGUCAAAGUGGGCUCCUCCCUUAGUACCUACACAAUAUGUUGCUAAAAUUGAGAAGAUCAUUGAUCACCGGGUUUCGGGCACAAGUAAGAAAAAUACUAAGACAGAAUUCUUUGUUCAUUGGAAAGGAAAGAGUGCAGCGGAUGCAGUUUGGGAGAAGGCAAAAGACUUAUGGCAGUUUGAUCCUCAAAUCAAGGACUACCUUUAA